AGCGGGCAGGGCAGAGGCGCCGGAGCCUCCAGCCAGGAGGUUGAGCGCCUCGGCCCCACCCCCGCGGCGACCGCGCGGGCCUGCGGGGUCCCCAGCUGGCGCUCGGCUGGGGGGCGGGCGCAGGAGCCGGUCCUGUCCCGUUGCUCUCAGCACAGGGACUGCGAACCUUGGGUCGAACCCGUGCCUCCAUCCUGGACCAGGGGCUUCUCCUCGUCGCUUACCUCCUGCAGGUCACCACCUAGUCUCUCCGAUUGAGUUCCACGCCCCAGAGAAAAUAAACACCUGUUAUCCAAGAAGGUGGCUACCUGCUCAGAUGCUGAAGGCCCCAGGAUUGCAUUCUUCUUUGCAUUCAAAGAAGACAGUGGAUAAGCUGACAGACUGCAGGCGACCUCUCAACCAGAAUCUUCAAUGUCGACAUGAACUCCAGGAUGCCAUCUGUUAGGGGCUGGCUCAGUAGCCGCCCACCCACCUCUGAGCCUGAUCUGGAGCCUGCCACAGAUGGGCCAGCCUCUGAGACUACCACCCUCAACCCAGAAACUACCAGCUUCAAUGGCACCAGAAUCCCUGAUGUGACUAGUGGCACAACUGGUGUGGGUACCAUGCUUCUAUCCUUUGGAAUCAUCACGGUGAUUGGCCUAGCAGUGGCCAUGAUAUUGUACAUCAGGAAGAAGAAAAGGUUGGAGAAGCUCCGCCACCAGCUCAUGCCCAUGUACAACUUCGACCCUACCGAGGAGCAAGAUGAACUGGAGCAAGAGCUGCUGGAGCAUGGCCGGGAUGCCACCUCCACGCAGGCCGCCGCCUCCACGCAGGCCGUGCAUGGCAAGACCACACUCCCCCCUCAGGGUCCACUACAGAGGCCCAGCCGGCUCAUAUUCAGUGAUGUCGCCAAUGCCAUCCACGCAUGAGCAGAAUGGAACAAACCCGGAGCUCUGCUGGGGGCGGCUGCUGCCUCCCACAGAACUGCCCACACCAUGGUGGUUAAGACAACUCUCAGGACCUGCCCUGCUGAGGCUCCAGCUCUUCUGAGGCCCUGCCUGCUGCCCCUCCAGCCUCUGCCAGAGGCCCCUGACCUGGCUACGGUCGUCCUCUGCUCUGAGGGCCUGGUCUGGAGAGCACCGCUCAGGUCUGCAAGGUUGAGAGUGUUGCUGUCUACCUGAUCUCCUGCCCAGUGUCCUCACGUCAGAGUUUGUCCUUCUGAUGUGGAGAAAAUGGGGAGUUGUGGGAGGGGAGAGGGCAGUGUAGGGGGCUCUCCACUGUCAGAGAACAUCCAAUUUCAGGAAUCGGGAGCCUCCUCUGGUUUGGAAGGAGGAAACUGCCCAGAUCUCAGGGAUGGACACCUUGGCAGAAGCCCAGGGUGGGAGCUGAAGCUGCCCUGUGUGCAUGAACAUGGGGAGUGGGGACGCUGCUUGCCCUCAGGGUCUGUCCAUUACCACAGAGGCCCUGAACUCUCCCACACACCCUUCUCACUGAGGACUGGAUCUGUUAGUUAGCAUGGAGUCCGGGGGCGGGGGGAGGGAAGUGAAGAUGUGAAGGUGUGCAGUGCCCAAGUCUGCUAAGAGCCCUCAGGUGUGUGCAUGAAUGUGUCCAUAUGUGGAGGGUAUGGAACAGGGGCAGGAGGAAGACCCCUCCACCAGCCCCACCUUCUAAGUUGCCCCAUCCCGUGAUGUAUACAGAAGUGUUGGGGGUGGACCACCUCCUCUGGCUCAAUGUUCAGAGGCUGGGGGCGGGGGUGAGAGAAGCUGCCCAUUCCAUCUGUUCACCAGGCUCUGAAAACUGGGUAUCCUGCUUCUGAAAGUGGAGCCCUGUCCUGUCUGUCCUUAGGAGCUGGGGUCGGCAGAGAGGGCAGUGGGGAGUCAGGGUUCCAACAGUCUGAAGCUGGGUGGGGCUGGCCCCUUGAGGAAUCAACCUAAGAAACACAGUCUGGGUUUUUGUUUGAUGGCACAGCCCACCUUGCCCUCUCCUGGUGUGCCCUGGGGAAUUCUGCCAGUCUGGGACAUCUAAGAAGAGCUAGGAGCUGGGUGUGCACUCAGCCUGCACCCGCACAGAGUCACCCCCGGAAGCACCCCUGUGCCCAGCCUCACGCCAUCAUUGUCCUCUGUUGUCUGGAGGGCGUUCGAGGGCGGCAUGUGUAGAUCCCAUGGCAGAUACCCUGUGUCUGGAUGGGAAGGCCACACGGGGAAAGUUCCGGAUUGAAUGCCUCCUCUGGGUGCUAUAAAUACUGUAGCACUUGAGGCGACUGAAGGACUGUGGGUGAUUUAGGAGGCACAGAAGCUGUAAUUUCACUCACAGCAUCUCCAAGUGAGCACAUUAAAGAUGUAAUUAAGACGUUUA